AGCUGUAGCACCUAACUUGACGAUGACUGUCAAUGGUAUUCGGAUAAAUGUUGCCGCCGCGUGAAAACAGUGGGUUCCAAAAUGAGCAACACAACUAGGCCAUUCACGACUACCUUGUCUCCUUCGGGUGUCGUUGCCAACGGCCCCAUCACUUGGGACGAUGCGACGUGGAUCCUCACCAGCGCCUUUAUCAUAUUUACCAUGCAGUCAGGUUUUGGACUCCUGGAAGCUGGGGCCGUGUCAUCGAAAAAUGAAGUCAACAUCAUGGUGAAAAACGUAGUGGAUAUAGUGUUUGGGGGCCUGACAUACUGGGCCUAUGGAUUUGGACUUAGUUUCGGCGAAGACCCCGGUACAAAUCCGUUCUGUGGGAUAGGAUACUUCUUUGUGGACUCGAGUGAUGAAAAUAUGGGUAUCGUGUUUUCAACGUUUGUGUUCCAGCUGUCUUUCGCGACCACAGCUACCACCAUCGUUUCAGGCUGCAUGGCGGAGCGGACUAAACUGUUAGGAUACAUAUUGUUUUCAUUUUUCAACACAAUUGUUUACUGUUUUCCUGCCCAUUGGGUAUGGGGAUCAAAUGGUUUUCUGAAGGAAAUGGGAUCUGUGGACUUUGCAGGGUCUGGUGUUGUGCACCUGGUGGGUGGAGCCUCUGGCCUUACUGCAUCAAUUUUACUAAAACCACGCCUUGGUAGAUAUGACCAUGGAACUGAACCCCUUCCUAUGUGCAGUCCGGCCAAUGCAAUUGUCGGAACCUUCAUGUUAUGGUGGGGUUGGCUCGCAUUUAACUGUGGCAGUACCUUCGGUAUUUCCGGUGGCAAGUGGCAGUUGGCAGCAAAGGCAGCAGUCACAACGCUGAUGGCUUCAACAGGAGGCGGAUGUGCCGGGGUAGUUAUGAGCUUCAUUUUCAAAAAUAGGAAGUUCGACGUUGGAUACCUUAUCAACUCAGUACUUGGUUCCUUGGUCGCUAUUACAGCAAGUUGUGCCUUGGUCCGGCCUUGGGAGUCAAUAAUUAUUGGUAUCAUAGGAGCAAUUCUUACCAUGAGUUGUACCAAGCUUCUGGAUGUAGCACGCAUAGACGAUCCAGUUGGAGCUGUUGCCGUCCACGGAGCUUCCGGAAUCUGGGGCCUCCUUGCUGUGGGUCUUUUUGUUGAACAAGAUCCUAUUGAAAACUUGACUGGCGGUUUAUCAGGGCUGUUUCGUGGGGGAGGAUGGUAUCUUCUUGGAAUCCAGACAUUGUCAGCUGUUUGUGAAAUAACAUGGAGCGGGCUGACAACAUUCAUCAUGUUAUUCAUUAUCAUGAAAACAAUUGGCCUCCGUAUGGACCCUGAGGAGGAACGACUUGGAGCUGAUCUUGUGGAACAUAACAUAGGAGCAAGGAUCGGCGAUACAAUUCUCUUUUCACCUCGUCGAGACCCAGCUUCAAAGCAUAUCCGCCCUGCCACCGCUACCGGAAGUGAUGACAACGCCGCGUCCAUGACGUCGCUGAACAGUAAUCAAUCCUUAUUUAAGAAACGUAAAGUGAAGCCUGAGGUAAAAGGAACAGAAAACAUUUCUAUGAUAUGUCAAGACGAUGUGUAAUGUUUGGUUAGAUCUUGGUAACAGUCUGUCUGUAAACAAUGUAACAAAAUGGCGCUAGCCUCUGUUGAUAUUAUGUAGACCUUGACAUUGUAUGCAUUUCAAACAGCGUUAACGUUCAUUGAAGCAGAUAUUACUUUAUGAACACAUUCGUCAUUUCUUUGUUUACCACACUGUAUGAUGAAGUCGAACUAUAUGAAGCCGUCCUUCUGUAUGAUGAAGUUUACUGUAUGAUGACGGACAGCUAUAUGAUGAAGUUUAACUGUAUGAUGAUGUCUAGCUGUUAACUGAAUUCGAACCGUAUUAUGACGUCCAACUGCAUGAUGACGUAUUAC